GGACUACCGGUUCAAGUUGUGGUUCCUGGUUCCCCCUCAGGAGUCUUGAUGCCAUCACUAGUCUUGAGCAUGUUUUUGCUAUGAAAGUAAUCAACGUAAUUGAAGUAUGAAUAUUAAAAGACAGUGAAUUAAAAAAGAAUUGUGCGUGAAAGGAAGCCAAAUGGAGAUGAGCUGACGGGAAAUUGAGUAAAUAUACAGCGAAAAACGAAGAUCACUCUAAUGAUCACCGGUUAUCACUAACAGCGGUAUAAUUGAAAAGGCCAAAAAUCAUCAUGACCACCAACACAGUUGCUUCAAAAAUUCCCUUCUCUGAUUUAUGUAAACUUUGUGAAAAAGUUAGUUGUGCUAAAAAGCCUCAUAAACAAGAAAUAUUAAAGAAGUACAUCAAAUACUUUCGUGAUUAUGCAGAAAAAUUUGCCUCCGAGUCACCACAAGUUGACACAAGCUUCUAUCCUGUCAUGCGCUUACUUCUACCACAGUUGGAUAGAGAACGAGGUCCCUAUGGUGUAAAAGAGCAUACAUUAGCAGUCAUCUAUAUUAGAAUAUUGUGUCUUCCCAAAGGAGAAAUUGAUGCUGAAAAGUUGCUGAAUUAUAGAGCUCCAAAAUCUAGUGGAAGUCAAGCUGGUGAUUUCGCAGAUGUAGCUUAUUGGAUAUUAAAAAGAAAGUGUCCGGACAAAGGAAAUUUGACAGUGGAGAAUGUCAACAAUUAUUUGGACAACAUUGCUUUAAAAAAUGCCUCCAAUGACAGAAGAGGUAUGGAAUUGGAACUAAUUCAGAUGUUAAAAGACAUGUCAGCUUUCGAUCAAAAAUGGUUAAUUCGGAUUUUACUUAAAGACAUGAAACUUGGAUUAGGACAAACAAGUAUAUUUAAUGCUUUUCACCUUGACGCUAAAGAUCUUUAUGAUGUGAGCAAUAGUCUGGAAAAGAUAUGCAAUAUGUUGAAAGAUCCCAACCAUCGUUUGCAUGAACUGGAAGUAGAAAUAUUUUCACCAUUCCGCCCCAUGUUAGCAGAACAAUGCAGCAUUCAGAAGGUAGAAGAGUGUUUCAAACGGCAUUCUCUUUUUUAUGUGGAAACAAAGCAUGAUGGUGAAAGAUUUCAACUUCAUUACAAGAAUAAUACUUUCAAGUAUUUCUCAAGAAAUGGAUUUGAGUACACGGAGGUUUAUGGCUCAUCAAGUUACAAAGGUGGCCUUUCCCCACAACUUGCAAAAUGCAUAUCAAAGAACGUUACCAGUUGCAUCAUUGAUGGAGAAAUGAUGGUUUGGGAUAAAAGAAAAAAAUUUUUCAGGACCAAAGGAGAAAAUAUAGAAGUAAAAGCGUUGAAAGAAUCUUCUGGUCUCAAGCCAUGCUUCUGUGUUUUUGAUGUUCUCAUGUACAAUGACCAAGUUGUAACUAACAAGCCAUUGGAAGAUCGUUAUGCGUUGUUGAAAGAGAUAUUUAUUCCUGAAGAAGGAGUAGUUAUGUUAACAGAGAGAACAAAAGUUACAUCCAAAGAAGAAGUUAUAAGUCACAUAAAUCAAGCAAUUGACAGUAAAUUAGAAGGAAUAAUGAUGAAGCAACCCAUGUCAGUAUAUAAGCCAAACAAUAGAAAAGCUGGUUGGUACAAGAUUAAACCGGAAUACACAGAAGGCUUGAUGGAUCAUCUAGACACCAUCAUUAUGGGAGGUUAUUAUGGUGAAGGUCGAAGAUCUGGAUUUAUCAGUCAUUUUCUCGUUGGUUUGGCUGUUCCAAACACAGAAGGUGAUCCUGUGGAAUUCCAUUCGUUGACACGAGUAGGUUCAGGAUACACAAUGACAAAACUUGAAGAAUUGUUGUCCAAAAUGGAUCCACAUUGGAACAGAGUGGUUCCAGGUGUUCGUCCAUCUGGUCUAGAGUGGGCCAGAGAAAAACCAGAUGUUUGGAUUGAACCUCAGAAAUCGUACAUCCUUCAGAUAAAAGCUACUGAAAUUGUUGACAGUAGACAAAAUGCUUUCAAGACUAAUUACACUUUACGUUUUCCUCGAAAUGCUGAAGGAAAACUUUACUCAAGGCAUGUAACUGUGGAUGGCUUGGAAGAAAGUUCUCCUAAAAAGAAACGGCGGAUUAGUCCUACCCUUCAAGUGGCUCAACAAUUUACUGCAGCUGAUUUAACAGAAGUGACAAAGAAAUCUGAACUCUUCAACAACAAAGAAUUUUGUGUGAUUAGUGGAACUGAAGACCUCACGAAACAGGAGAUUGAAAAACAAAUUCAUUCAUGUGGUGGAAAUCUUGUUCAAAAUCCAGGUUCUAGCACAUUUUGUGUUUUAGCCAAUGAACUGAAUAUUCGUGUAUCAAAUAUUGUGAAAUGUGGAAGAUACAAUGUGGCAAAAAUUUCAUGGCUAUUGAAAUGUUUGGAUGUAGGACAAUUGCUUCCUUGGAGUCCAUCAGAUUUGUUAGGAACUACUGCAGAAUUGGAGAGAGACUUGAAGACAAAAUUCGACAGCUUUGGGGACAACUACACUAAUCCUGCAACAAUAGAAUCAUUGAAAUAUUCUCUAGAUUCAGUAGAAAAACAAGGUGACAUGAAAGUUCUUGGACCAAAGGAAAUGGCUGAUAUGGAUAUAGAAAUAUUUGGAGAUACAAGUCCAUUAAGCUUCUUUCGCCUCUGCAGUGCUUAUGUAGAUAAAUACAAUGAAGUGAACGAUCCAAGUUCAGACAUAGAUAUGAAAUUGGAAGUAGUUGCCCUUGAUUUUGUCUUCUAUGGUGGUUGUGUACAAGAAAUCAUCAGUGAAGAAACAACUCAUGUCAUCAUACAUUCCAAGAAUAUGAACCACUUGGAAGAAUUACAAAUGAUCAAUCAUCAGAGAGAGAAGAAAUUUCACAUUGUUACUGAAAAAUGGGUUGAGGAAUGUGUAAAGAAAACAUGCAGAAUUAAUGAGAGAGAGGACAUAUUCAGUUCUUAGCCCACAUAUAUUCACAAUUGAAAUAAUGUACCUUUAUAUUGAAAUGUUUGGGACAAGUAGUAUUUUGCAUUUUUAUUUUUUGAAGUUUGUUAACAUAACAUUUUUACAACUUCAACUUUUAAUUUUAAGGAUUAGUAAACAUUAUUUGUGUAGUUUGUUUGAACAUCUACAGUAUUGUAAGUAGGUCUAUUCCUGUUAAUUGUGGAAAACUAAUUUUUAUUAUGUAUUUGUCGAGUGUGAAUGUUUUCCUUUUUUUCAUUUUAAUUGGAAGAUUUGUCACAUUUUAUGAUUUUUAGUAAUGAAUAAUAUUAUGUUUAAUCGACUUUGAGUGUAUUGUGAUGGAUAAAAUAUAAAAAUAUGUUGAAGGUAUAGACUCAGUAACAUAUUCUACAAAUGUUGCAUUUUGUUAAGUUAAGAACAACAGAAAAGCAGUUACCAGUAAAUGAAGAUUAAAAUGUUAGUCCUUACUCCCAUUGUGGGUUUUUUUGUAAAGCAGAAUAAAGUGAAAUGUCAUAAUGGACUUCUCUUGGGUCAAUUUGAUUGAUUGUCCAUUUUUGUACUAGUGAUUUCACAUUGUUUAUGUAUAUAAUUUGAUGUUUCAAUGGGAAGUGCACAUCGUUGUGUUAGUUUGUGUAAAUAAACAUUUACCAUUUUCCGUAUUUAAUUAAUUUUUGAUUGUAUAUGACAGUUUAUGGGAACAUUACUACACAAAAAGAAAGUGUCAUAUUUUUUUUGUUUAACAGAUUUUGUAACUGUACAAUUUAAUUAGUUGAUGUAGAGAGGUCAUUGUUUCAUACAAUGGUAUAAAACCUAAAAUGGUACAGGAAAGAUUGUGUGAUAUUGCAUUCUGUGGCCUAAGGAAAUUGUAAUGCUAAGUAUCUAUAAUUUUUGUUAUUUUUGUAUAAAAAAAAUACCAUCAAAUUGAAGUUUGAUUGGUGCUCAUGCGAAACAAUCAAUUACUACUGCCCACAUUUAUUGAAUUGAAUUAAUGCCUUAUUUUACCUGGCGAGACUCGGGCAAUCAGACCCACUCUUCUGCCUGACAUUGCAAAUUUUGCUAUGCCCCUUUCACCCACUGGCGGAGAAAGGAGGUAUCACUUGGGCAAUGAAACAGGCAAUUUGAAUUUAGCUCAGAGGCUUAAUUUAGGGAUCAUCUUUUACAUACAGUAAAUCUACUUACAUGGGACAGCUGGCUUUACUUCCCUUCCGAAGGAAGGCUUAUUUUUUUCGCCCUUAAACAUCCACGACUUUGAUGGGGUUUGAACCUGUGAACUUGGAUAUAAAGGUCUGCUACACCUCAAUUAAAUUUGCUUUUAUUUAGCUUCGUAUAGCUUUUAAGAUUGUAUAUGAAAAUAUAC